AUGCUUUGCCGCAGAAUUCUGCGGUGUUGCGCGGCAGCCGCCGCCGCACCUGUGACGACUGGAAAAAGGCCGUUGCUCAGCCAAGCAAACACACACGGCUUCACACAUAAAGACACGCGUCGAAUUGAUGAACUCAAUCUAGUUGCCUACGAGUGGAGGCACGAGCGGACCGGGGCCGUGUAUUAUCAUAUCGAUGCAGAUGAUCGGAACUGCACCUUCUGCAUUGGGUUUCGCACUCCCGCCGAGAACGACAAGGGGACGUCGCACAUUUUGGAGCACACCGUACUGUGUGGCAGUAAAAAAUAUCCGGUGCGGGACCCCUUUUUCAUGAUGAUGCGCCGCUCUUUGAGCACAUUUAUGAAUGCUAUGACCGGUGCCGAUUACACCCUUUACCCGUUUGCCACAACCAACCGGCAGGACUUCUGCAAUUUGAUGGAUGUUUACCUUGACGCCGUCCUGCACCCACUCUUGCGUGUGGAGGACUUUAAGCAGGAGGGUCACCGCGUGGAAAUUGGGGCGGGCGGAGAAGAGGGAGCAGGGAGGCGGCUGGUGUAUAACGGGGUUGUGUUUAACGAGAUGCGGGGGGUGGUUUCGGAACCCGCGCAGCACUACGCACACGCAUUAAUGCGGCUUAUGCUCCCAGGGACGCACUACGAACACAUCUCCGGCGGAUACCCACCGGAAGUGUUGAAGCUCACCCACGAAGAGCUGGUGGCCUUUCACAGGAGACACUACCACCCCAGCAACAGCAUCACCUUCACCUACGGUGCGCAGCACCCAGAGCCGUGGAUGGCGAUUCUUGACAGCUACUUCUCGUCCUUUUCGAAGGGCGAGGUGAUCACAGUCCCCACCCUAACUCUGGAGCGACGCUUCCGUCAGAUGCAGCGGAUUUCCUUGCAAGGGCCACUAAACUCAAUGGGAAAUCCACAGCGUCAGAAGCGCAUUUCGGUUUCUUUUGGGGUGCAGCAGGAAGAUAACCAGCUGGAGGAUAUGGUGGAUUUGAGUGUGCUGGAUUCAUUGCUCUCAAGUGGUCCCAGCUCCCCGCUCUAUCAGGCGCUUGUGGAGUCACAGAUUGGAAGCCGCUACGCACCGAUGCGAGGCUACUCCUUUUAUCUCUCUUCACCGUUUGUUUCAUACGGUGUCGAAGGUGUGGAUGAGGCUCGACCAAACGCGGAGGAGGAGGUAUUAAACGCUGUUAUUUCCACUCUACAAAAGGUGAAGAAGGAGGGGUUUGACCAGCGUCGAGUGCAGUCCGUUAUUUUUCAAGAGGAGCUGCAGCAACGACACCGUGCGGCCGACUAUGGUGUGAGUCUUUGCACAUGCCUUUGCUCGAUAGGCCUGUGUCGUGCCGCAAAUAACCCGCUUGACUUUAUUGAUUGGCUCCCACACCUACGGCGACUGGGGGAGAAACAAGUAGCUCCACUUCUCCCACGCAUCUCCAAGAAUCUUCUUGACAAUCCCCACUGUGCGUUGGUGUCGGUCUCAGCGAAGAAGGAGUACUUGGAGUCCCUCCGUGAUACACUCACCUGCAUGGAAGAGAAGCUAAACGAGGGUGUCACGGAUGCUCGCAAGGAGGAGAUUGAGGCAGAAACGGCAAGUUGGCUUGAGCGAGUUCGUGCACCACAAAACGGUGAUCUUCUCCCUACUCUCACCGUGAGGGAUAUCCCAUGUCAAUCCUUUCAGGAGCCCACCCCACAACAUGCAAAGUCCGGUGACCACGCAUCUCUUUAUACCAUUUCAAAUUCCACAAACGGAUUGGUGUAUGUGCAUGGUCUUGUGCCUUUUGAAGCGUCUUUGGUGUCGUCCAUCCGGGAAGGCGGGGCUACUGACUGUUUGGCGGAUAUUCCCCUGUGGCACUCCCUGCUUGGAAAACUGGGCGCGGGUGGAUAUUCCUUCAAGGAACUGUCCAUCGCCACAGAGCUUGUCUGCGGUGGUUUUGCCUUCUCCCCGGUACUUAACCAGUCCUAUCGACAGAAGUCUGCGUAUAUCCUUGGUACCGCCUUUGGCUUCUACACAACGAAGGAGAAGCUACGGGAGGCGUUGGAGCUUCUUAAAAUCACUCUUCUUGAGCCAGCAACCUCCGCUGAGGAUGAUGCUGUGCGUGGUCGCGUCUUGUCUCUGACCAAAGCACGCUGCUCUGAAGUUAUUCAGCGUCUGCAGCAUUAUGGCAAUCGUGUUGCCACAACCCUGGCAAUCUCACGCCUGACACGCUGUGGAGCUGUGAAGGAGGAAUGGUCCGGUCUCACGCAGUCGAUGCAUGCCUCUCAGUUGCUUGAGAGUAUUCAAAAUGGCGAUGAGGCAGCUGUGCGUCACGCCAUUGUAAACAUUUUAAGCUGCUAUGAAGCCUUCGCUCGAGCGCUGGCGUCAAACAUUCGCCAUGGUACUCUUUGGGCAACAUGCGAAGGAGAGCACCGCAAUGAGGUGGAGACAGCGUUGGCAGCGUUCCUGCGGAGUUUUCCUACCGUUACUUCUGGUGCACCAGUCUCAACACGUCUCUCGUUUCCAGCGUUAGAGCGAUCCACUGGUGUCCCGCAGAUCCGUAAGACGCUGCCCAUUGACACCUCUUACGUGGGCUUUGCCGUUGCAAACGAGUUGGACUGGAGUCAUCCUCAACAAGCGCCGUUACGGGUGGCAUGUCAGCUGCUUGGAAACGAGUACCUGCACCGCCUCAUUCGCGAGGAGGGUGGGGCCUACGGGUCAACUGCAGACGCCACUCUUAAAGGGGAGGUGGGUGGCAUCACCAUGUCCAGCUACCGCGAUCCUGCGCCGGAGCAAACUGUACGUGUCUUUCAGGAGGUUGCGAGUUGGCUUGGAAACGCCAACAAUGUUACGCAAGUGAGGGUGGAUGAGGCGAAACUCCGCAUAUUUGCAAGCAUCGACGCCCCAUACGCUGCCGACAGCUACGGUGAAUCGUACUUCCUACACGAUGUGCUUCCGACACAGAAGCAGGCGAUGCGUGACGCUUUGUUAAGUGUUGAACCAAAGGACGUUGUAAACGUGGCACAGUACUUUGAUGUUAGCGGGAAUGCAUCUUCCGCCGUGAGUGUACUGUGCCCAGAGGAGUCUGUCCAGGAGCCAUGUUCACAUCAGAAAAAGUGA